GUGCCAUGAAUUGCGGAUUGACAGUGCUGACCGAAGAAGGACGCGUGCUUCAGAAUCCAGGGGAGCACACAUAUGCACCUAACGACGUGAGUGUUAACAGCUCACGUCUGAAGUGUACCUUGAAGGAAAGGGCCAUCGCUGAACCCGACGCUGCUUCCCCAGAGAUGUAUUCCCAGCAUAUGAGGAGCUUGGUGGGAAAGGUCGAGGAAGACGUCUUAGCUCAGCUUCCGACCUUUGAGAGUGUGCGCCGUACGAUCUACCGAGCUAAAAGACAGAACCAACCUACACUGCCCAAGACUACAGCUGACGUAAAUUUAGCUGGAACAUACACUGAAACCUUGGACGGAAGAAAGUUUCUUCUUUUUGACCUGUCAACCAGUGCUGGUCACAUCAUCUGUUUUAGCACAAGCGACGCACUCACAGAGUUUUCUGAGGCGAGCGAGGUUUUUGUCGAUGGAACCUUCUUCGCGUGUCCAUCUUUGUUUUAUCAGUUGUUGACCAUAAGCGUCGUGAAAGGGCGGUGUAGCUUUAAUGUCGCUUAUUUUUUGCUACCGGCAAAUCCCGCGACGUUUAUGUACAGGCCUUCGAACAUUUUAGGACAGCUCGAACUGACCUUAGCCUUUCCGUUUCGUUCGACCUUGUCCGAACGGACUUCGAACUGGCGCUGAUUCAGGCCAUCCUCUUCCUUUUUCCUGGCGCCCGUCACCGAGGCAGCCACUUCCACUUUUCCCAGGCAAUCUGGCUGAAAGUUCAGGAGCUUGG